AAAAUUGAUAACACUUCUGUGUGUAGCAAAGGGUGAGGCAAUCCAAUCCACCUUACUUUAUCAAACGAAAAAUUUACUCGAAACGAAACCACGCUAUCGCGGACAAGUGAAAAAACGACGAAAUUUUUCACGGUAUUUUUCAAAAAAGAAAUAUUUUCCUCAUCUGUGAACUAUUGGCGUACCGUUACAAAGGGAUUACAGUGAAAUUGUGAAAAUGACUGGAAAAGGUGAUGGACAAGGUGAAAGUGUGGCUAAGCUGGAGAAAAGUAUUGGAUGCAUAAAGUACACAUUGUUCUGUUUCAAUGUAGUCGCAUGGCUUUGUGGUGCUGGACUUUUUGGAUUGACAUUAUGGAUCAGAGCCGAACCCGGUUUCGAGGAAUGGAUCGCCAUAUUGGACAUUUAUGCCUACUACAUUGGCAUUUACAUUCUAAUUUUCGGAAGCAUUAUUGUUAUGGUCGUCUCAUUUUUGGGUUGUUGUAGUGCCUUGAUGGAACAUACAUUGGCGCUUUUCAUUUUCAUAGGCACCCAAGUACUUGCCUUCAUCGUAAGUGUUGCCGGAGCAGCAAUUCUGUUAGAUCACAGUACGAUCAAUUCAAGCAUUCAACCAAUGAUUCGUCGAACUCUUCGCCAAUUGAUCAUGACUUCGGAAUGGCCUUCAUCUGCUGCCACUCUAAAAAUGAUUCAAGAAAAUAUCGGAUGUUGUGGAGCUGAUGGAUCAAAUGAUUAUAUGCUUUUGAGGCAACCACUUCCUUCCACUUGCCGAGACACUGUCACUGGCAAUGCAUUCUUCCACGGAUGUGUUGAUGAAUUGACUUGGUUUUUGGAAGACAAAUCAGGAUGGGUUGCUGGAUUAGCAAUGGCACUGGCAACAAUUCAAGUCGUCAAUGCAGUCCUGAGCAUAGUUUUGGUUCAAGCGCUUAAGAAAGAAGAAGAAGAGGCCCGAACUUACAGACAUUAGAUUUAAAUUCGGUGAACAUUUUCAUAAAUUUAGCAUUGUAAGUCUAAAGUACGAAUAUACAUCGUGAAUGUGGAGUCAUUUAUGUUGAAUAAAUUUUUAAUAAAACAAAA